CGCAACACAAGGAAAUAAUGUCAAAUGGAUCAGAGAGGCGUCAUGUCUCUUAAUGUUGGAUUGAGCUGUCAAUUGCCAAGCCCCUUGACGAAAUGGAUAACCUAAUGUAUUUGGCUGUUUAAAUGUAGUUAAGGAGAUCCUUAGUUAUACGCUCCAUCUAGGUAUUGUUUUCUCGUAUGAUGGAAAGGGCGAUGGAGCAGUUAAACGUACAGCUGAACCGGCUGACGCGUUCUUUACGCCGCGCCAGGACAGUGGAGCUCCCUGAAGACAAUGAGACAGCUGUCUACACACUCAUGCCUAUGGUGAUGGCUGAUCAACACAGAUCAGUCUCAGAAUUGCUCUUGAACUCUAAGUUUGAUGUCAACUACGCAUUUGGACGAGUGAAGAGAAGCCUUCUUCAUAUAGCUGCCAACUGUGGGUCAGUGGAAUGUUUAGUCCUUUUACUGAAGCGAGGAGCAAACCCAAACUACCAGGACAUCUCGGGAUGUACACCACUCCAUUUGGCAGCAAGAAAUGGGCAGAAGAAGUGCAUGGGUAGACUGUUGGAGUAUAAUGCAGAUGUCAACAUCUGUAACAACGAAGGCCUAACUGCUAUUCACUGGCUGGCGGUUAACGGGAGAACGGAACUGCUUCAUGACUUGGUGCAGCAUGUAUCCAAUGUGGAUGUGGAGGAUGCCAUGGGCCAGACAGCCUUACAUGUGGCCUGCCAGAAUGGACACAAGACUACAGUGCUUUGCCUUCUGGACAGUGGAGCCGACAUCAAUAGGCCCAACGUCUCUGGAGCGACCCCUCUCUACUUUGCUUGCAGCCAUGGCCAGCGGGACACAGCACAAAUUCUGCUCCUCAGGGGUGCCAAGUACUUGCCGGACAAGAAUGGAGUCACCCCGCUUGACCUAUGUGUGCAGGGUGGUUAUGGUGAAACAUGUGAGAUUCUUAUACAGCAUCAUGGAAGGCUGUUUCAGACACUCAUUCAGAUGACACAGAAUGAGGACUUAAAGGAGAACAUGCUCAGGCAGGUUCUUGAGCAUGUAUCUCAGCAGAAUGACUCCAGUUAUCAGAGAAUCCUUACCAGCCUGGCUGAGGUAGCCACCACCAAUGGGCACAAGCUGCUCAGUUUGUCUAGUAGUUAUGAGGCCCAGAUGAAGAGUCUGCUCAGAAUAGUGCGUAUCUUCUGCCACGUUUUCCGCCUGGGUCCCUCGUCCCCUAACACUGGCGUUGACAUGGCAUACAAUGGGAACAAAACCCCACGCAGUCAGGUCUUCAAGCCUCUGGAGUUGCUGUGGCACUCUCUGGAUGAAUGGCUGGUGCUCAUCUCCACAGAGCUGGAUAAAAAGUGUGGAGACACCGCCUCGUCUUCUCCAGGAAGUGACAUUGCCUCGCUCCUAAUGAAGCAGCGGGAGGCAAGUCCCUCUGUUGUUGUCGAUGCCCCUGACCUUCUGCCCUCCUCACUGGAUCCUGAGGUGGUAAUGAAGACACCUAAGGCUUAUGUAGAUGGACAGGACGUCAUCUCCAUGACUGCCAACCGGCUGAGUGCAGUAAUCCAGGCCUUCUAUAUGUGCUGCUCCUGCCAGAUGCCACAAGGCAUGACGUCUCCGCGUUUCAUCGAGUUUGUUUGCAAGCAUGAUGAAGUACUUAAGUGUUUUGUAACCAGGAACCCAAAGAUUAUAUUUAAUCACUUCCAUUUCCUGCUGGAAUGUCCAGAGCUCAUGUCUCGCUUCAUGCACAUAAUCAAAGGCCAGCCAUUUAAGGACAGGUGUGAGUGGUUUUAUGAGCAUCUCCUGGCUGGACAGCCAGACUCAGAUAUGGUCCAUCGGCCCGUCAACGAGAAUGACAUUUUACUGAUUCACAGAGAGUCCAUAUUCCGCAGCAGCUGUGAGGUCGUGUCCAAGUUCACCAAUGAGAAGCUCAAGCAAGGCAUCGCCGUACGCUUUCAUGGUGAAGAGGGAAUGGGUCAGGGGGUGGUGAGAGAGUGGUUUGACAUUCUCUCUAAUGAGAUCAUCAAUCCAGACUAUGCACUGUUCACACAAUCAGCAGAUGGUACUACAUUUCAGCCCAACAGUAACUCCUCUGUCAACCCAGACCAUCUGAACUACUUUCGGUUUGCAGGUCAAAUCCUCAGCCUGGCCCUAUACCAUCGACAGCUGGUGAAUAUAUACUUCACCCGCUCCUUCUAUAAGCACAUACUGGGUAUCCCAGUGAAUUAUCAGGAUGUGUCUUCGAUUGAUCCUGAAUAUGCCAAGAACCUGCAGUGGAUUCUGGACAAUGACAUCAGUGACCUGGGCCUGGAGCUCACCUUUUCUGUGGAGACUGAUGUAUUUGGAGCCAUGGAAGAAGUUCCACUCAAACCAGGAGGAAGUGGGAUUCAGGUUACUCAAGAUAACAAGGCUGAAUAUGUGCAGCUUGUAACAGAGUUGAGGAUGACUCGAGCCAUUCAGCCUCAAAUCAAUGCUUUCCUGCAGGGCUUCCACACCUUUAUUCCACCCUCACUCAUUCAGCUCUUUGAUGAGUAUGAACUGGAGCUACUGCUGUCUGGCAUGCCAGAGAUUGAUGUGAUGGACUGGAAGAGAAACACAGAGUAUACAAGUGGCUAUGACCUCGAGGAGCCAGUCAUCCAGUGGUUUUGGGAAGUAGUGGAGGGUCUCACUCAGGAGGAGAGGGUUCUCAUGCUACAGUUUGUCACUGGGAGUUCCCGUGUUCCACAUGGUGGUUUUGCUUUUCUUAUGGGUGGCAGUGGCUUACAGAAGUUCACCAUCGCUGCUGUACCCUACACAUCCAACUUAUUGCCUACCUCUAGUACCUGUAUAAACAUGCUGAAACUCCCAGAAUACCCCAGCAAGGACGUCCUGCGUGACCGGCUGCUGGUUGCACUACAUUGUGGAAGCUAUGGUUACACCAUGGCAUGAUGCUUACUCUGCUGUUUUUGGCUGGGAUGCUUGCUAUAUAGACACACACUUGCACCAGGGUUUGUGUAUUUCAUUUCAGGGAUAUCCUCUGCACUCAUUCCUUUGGUAAUUGGACCUUUUGGUUUCAUGGUGUUAUUUUAAAUUCUCAAAUCUAAAGAAGGGAUGAAGGUAAACCUGAGAGAGGGAAAUCUAACAGUAUGUAAUGCUGAAAAUGUGGUAUGUUGGUUUUUGCCAGUCUGUACUUCCAGUGUUGUAUGUCAAAUGAUAUUCGUUUUUUGAAAUUAUGUAUACCAGAGUAUGCAUAUAUGUAAAUGUAUGGGUGACAGAUUAAAGGAAAACAGCAUAAAGUGUCACAUAAGGUGUUGGGCCUUGUGAAUUGCUCGAGUGGCAUAAAUUAUGCAAGUCUCCAGAAAUCCACUGAAGGAAUGAGCACUAUUCUUUAAGAACAUAGUUGUUGUUUUAAGAAUGGUGGUACAGAAUACUAUCUAACACUUUAGUCCAGAAUCUGCCAUAUCCUGGAGGAAAGCACUCCCUUCCGCAUCGAAAUGUUCCAUCAUUGUGACUAGGCUUAAUACUUUGUAAAUUUCCAGUCACUAUUUCCAGUCACCAGGGGAGACGUGGACCUUAACCAUGUGGGCAAAAUGCCCCACAGCAUAACCGCCACAAUUUUUCCUUCAAUCUGUCAUUCCUAUGUAAACAUGAAAGCCAUGUCUCUGUAUGUCUGUGUGCUCAUGUAUUAGAAAACAGAAGGAAAAGGGAACUACAAAUAAUGCUGGAAACAAUAAGAGCAAGGACUUUCAUACAUCUGUAAUAUCUGUUCCAUGUAGCUAUGUAAUGCUGGUUUGUUUAUCAUAGUCAUAGAUAAAAGUCCUUUAAUAUGUCAUUUUCUCAACGAUUAUGUGUUACUGAGAAUGCAAAUUGGAUCAAUGGUGCCAAAAAUUUUGCUAGAUGUCAUUUUAUUUCAUGAAUAGAAUGAUUAUGUCUAGAGAAGGAGUAGAUAAAGUAGUGCGAACAUAUGUUUAUAUUUCUUAUAAAUUAUCACUUUGAUUUGGUUGUAUACUUUUUCAUCUGUAAAUCGACUGCGUAUUGUAUACACAAUCCUGAAGAAUCUUUUGCAAAAAAAAACAUUGAAAUAUUGAAGUAUGUAUUUUA